GAGGGAUUGCUACUCCGCGUUCCUUUAGUGACGAUUGAUUUUCCUUGGUCGCGCUCUGGACUUUCCUUUCUUCAUGUUUGCGAAGUCGUUGUGCGGGAGAGCUGGGUCAGCAGCGUGCUGUAGCUCGAGACGUGCAGCUAUGCCAUUGAGAGCUAAAACCACAAAUCCAGCUUUUGGGGGAAGAGCACAGAUGGCGACAGACUCACGGCAUGGCCAAUCGUCGAGCAACGAACCGGAUAUUAUAAGGGAAUUGCCUGGGGAUGAGAAAGAAGAUGUGCUUUUUGAUACUCUGUUUGGCGUCCGGACAAUCGAGCUCAACCGGCCGAAAAAACUCCACUCCCUCAAUGGAUCUAUGAUACGAAAGAUAAUACCGAGGUUACAAGAAUGGGCGAAGUCGGACAUGGCAAAUGUGGUCAUCAUCAAAGGAUCCGGACCGAAGGCGUUCUGCGCUGGCGGAGAUGUGGCAGCUCUCGCUGAGGAUAACUUGAAGGGCGAGGAGGGUCAGCGAAAGUCGACGGAAUACUUUGGGCUGGAAUACAAACUGGACCACCUUAUUGCAACAUACGAGAAGCCAUAUGUUGCAUUUAUUGAUGGCAUCACAAUGGGUGGAGGAGUUGGACUGAGCAUUCAUGCUCCAUUCCGAAUAGCUACGGAAAGAACGGUCUUCGCCAUGCCGGAAACGACCAUUGGGUUCUUCCCAGAUGUGGGAGCUUCAUUUUUCCUGCCUAGAAUGCCUGGAGGUGUUGGUACAUAUCUCGCCCUCACAAGUGAAAAGUUGAAGGGUGUGAACGUGUUUUACUCAGGAGUCGCAACACAUUAUAUCCACUCAACAUCACUCCCAGCACUGGAGCGUCGUCUGGCUGAACUGCGAUUCAAGGACUACGAUCCAUUACACGAGCGACUGCAGCUCAUUAAUUCAACCAUCGAGGAAUUCUGCACUGGUUUGCCACACGAUGAACCCAUCCACAUUCAAGGCGAAUUACGGAAUGCUAUCGAUCGAUGUUUUACCAAGACCAGUGUACCUGAGAUCAUUGCCGCUCUGAAAGCCGAGGAUGGGGAAACUAAGCAAUGGGCUCAAAAGACUCUUGCCACCCUGCACCAGCGGUCGCCAACUGCCGUUUAUGUGACACUUCGUCAAAUGCAACUUGGCAAGAAUUGGUCUAUUUCGGAAACAUUCCAACGGGAACGCCAAAUUGCUGCGAAAUUCAUGGCCCAUCCAGACUUCACUGAGGGUGUCCAUGCCUUGUUGAUUCGAAAGGAUGGCAAGCCGGCGUGGAAACCAGCUUCACUCGAGGACGUCAAUCCAAAAGACAACAUCGCGGACCCAUUCUUCACAGUCGAAGGUGCUCAUCGAUUAGGAUUGUUGAGUCAGGACGACUACAAACAAUAUCCCCACGCACAAUUCAGUAUCCCAUCAGAAGGGGCCAUACAGGCCGUAGUCAACAAGGGAGAGCUGACCCCAAAGUCAGUCGUCAAGUAUUUCGUACAACAGAGGCAAGGAAAGCAAGGCGUGAAAGAGAUCGUUCAGGAGGUGGUAAACAGAAAAACCAAGAAGGGGGGAAACGACAAGGCUGUGUGGAUUACAGAAGAAACAGCGCCAGUGGUCUAACUUUGAAGAACGUGGCGAGCGUUGAUGGUGUAUGAUAUAAUGUGGUGGAUUUGUAGAGAUAUCGGGUCAUACGGCAGGGCGGAUGUUGAUAGAUUCGCGGUCGCAAAGGUGUUGAAUGACCCAAGUUGACCUGGAACAAAUCGAAAGGAGAUAUAAAUCAUGUGAUUUUAAGGGGUUGUUGCCUAUCAGCCUGAAAACAUGGCACGGGCUGAGUCAUAAGCGCGGUAUGUUCGGGAUUUUUGUCUGGCGAGAGUAUAAAAGGACUCUACCCCGCUCCGAAAAGAUUCUGAUUCAUC